CUGACGCCUUCAGCAACCAGUACGACAUCUGUGAGGUGCUCGGUCUCCUUCAUCUUCCUCAGCUGCUCAAGCAGCACUGUCCCAUGUUUGGCGAUAAAAUCCAUUUUUGUUACGGUAAAAAUACUUAAGCAAGGUGGCUUCACUGGGGAAAAAACAUAUCAUUGGAUCUUUACUGUGUGGUUUGUGAAGGCGAUGAUAGUAAAAUUUGAUUUUUAUCUUUGAGACUCACAUUUUAUCAACUUUUAUUAUAUAUUCUCAAGGGACUGUAGAAAUAAAAUUGGUUAUAACUUACAAUAGUCAGUACACAUCUUUGAUUUUCCUGUCUGAAUAUCUGGCAUCAUAAGAUUGUGUAAUUGGUGUGGAUAUCUAGUGUGAGUUUUAACACCGCUCUACAGGUUAAAUCCUGUUUUACUCCUCCAUGAUUCCAUGAUUAUUGGAACUGGUGGAUGUUAGACACGUUACAAUAUACCUUCCUUCCUUACGCUUGAGGAUAUAUUUGUCCACUCCAUCACUUUCACCUCUAGCUUCCUCAGCAAGGAACUUGUCAUCUUGGAGGUAUGUUUGGGAUUCUUAUCUUGUUGAAAAAUUGUCAUGCGGCCUAGAUUACAUAAUGGAAUUCAUGAUUUGCUCAGUGAACGGAAACACACCAGUGCUGUACCAUUACUCUUGCUACUUGCUUGUGUUGCAUUGACAUUAAUGGUUGUGCGUUGACCCAUUUUCAGUGGUUAGUAAAUCUGCCGUUCAGGCUAUACACCAACUACUCUAAAGCAUGUCCAUGUUUAAUUUCUAAAAUGCGGUCCCUUGAGAAGAUAUGCUGUAAAAAUAUUGUUGCUUAAAUGUGAAAGUUUUGUUAGAGAUUUUAACUGGUUUCUAUGCAUUACAUAUUUGCAGAGCAACACUAUCAAUACCACCCCAGAACUGUUCAGUUAGCUUUGAAAAAAAAAAAGAAAGUUUCUUACCAAACUCAUCAGCUUCUCUCGCUUGCUUCCAUCUAAAAGGAACAUUAAAUAUUCUUGUUUUUAAUCAGACCACAUGUAGUUUUGUCGUCAUUUGGGAGGCGGUCUGAGUCACUGAAGUGGACAAAGAUAUGUAACCCCCCUGAGCUACUGACCCAAAAAUAGACCUGUGUUUUGGUGACAAACAUACAGUGAGGGUUGGAGUGCCAAAGGGGGGGAAUAGCUUUUUUUAAGCAUUUGUCAAAAAAAUUAUAUUUGUUAUGAAACUAGCAAACAUUAUUUAUGAAAUAACCACCUUAAUGUGAGUUGUUUGUAUCCCAUGCACACAGCUUUGGAAUGACUAUAAUGACCGGCUCUCUGUUAGGACUCAGAUUUCAUGAGUGCAUUUUAUUAAAGAGCCAGUACACACAGUAUGCCCACAUGUUUACCAAAACAGAGCUUGCAUUCAUUUUUUCGAACAGAUUGGAACAUGUAAUGAGGUUUUGAGUCGCGUGCUGCAUGUUGUUGGACACCAUAUGCCAUCUAUUAAUACUUGACCACAGCGGUUUGAACCUGAAGAUGACAUUGCACGGCUCAUUAGUCUUACUUUUGCUUUUGAAUGGAAAACAAGCAGGAUGCAUAAACACCUGUCAAACAACCAUUAAAACCCAACUCGAGUUAAUUUUUCUCUUUUUUGGACCAUAAUUACAUGCUUUGUUUAUUAUUAUCGUGUCACUGUGAUUACUAGUCUAACUGUUCUGCCUACAACAUCCUAUUCAGGGUUAACCAUUAGGCAUGCUGAUAUACAUACACCAAUAACGAUCCAAUUUUCAGUUGACACAUUAGAAGUAUAAAGGAACGCUUACAACUAUCUUGUAAAUACGGCAUAAUGGACUCAAGGUACAGACAUGGCAAAUACAGUAUUGACAGGGAAGUACUGGAUGAGCAGAGACUGGAGGAGUUAACACAAAGAAAACCAUGUGCUGACACUCAACUGUCUGUGGUUAACCAACUAAAAGAUUCCAUGAGGUGUACUCUACCCAGACUGAAAAGAGGUGUGUUGAGCACCUUUCCAGUGUUGUAUUGGCUGCCCAAAUACUCAAUUUGGGAUUAUGGCAUGCCAGAUCUCAUCUCUGGUAUUAGUGUGGGAAUAAUGCAUCUACCACAAGGUAUGGCAUAUGCAUUAUUGGCUUCCCUGCCUCCUGUGUUUGGCCUCUACACUUCCCUCUACCCAGCUCUAGUUUAUUUCUUUUUCGGAACGUCACGUCAUAUUUCCAUAGGUACAUUUGCUGUGCUCAGCAUCAUGGUAGGCAGUGUGACAGAGAGACUUGCUCCAGAUAUUGCUUUCCUUCAAAUGAAUGGGACAAAUAUCACUAUAGAGGUAGACAUAUCUGCACGGGACUCAUACAGGCUGCAGGUUGCGGCUGCUACUACUGUUUUAGCAGGACUUAUUCAGGUUGUGCUGGGUUUUGUCAAGUUUGGUUUUGUGGGAACAUACUUCUCUGAACCGCUGGUGCGGGCAUACACAACAGCUGCCGCAGCCCAUGCAGUGGCAUCUCAGCUAAAAUACAUCUUUGGAGUGUCGCCAACACGCUUUAAUGGGCCCCUUUCGCUUGUGUAUACCUUAAAGGAUGUUUGCCUCUUGCUGCCACAGACCCAUCUCCCCACGCUGGCCGUCAGUGCCGUGUCCAUGGCUUUUCUGAUUGCGGCAAAAGAGCUCAACUCUUUUCUGAGCCCAAAGCUGUCAGUUCCCAUCCCAGUGGAGCUCAUCACAAUUGUGGCAGCAACUUUGAUAUCAAACUAUGGUCACUUGAACAGUAACUACACGGUCCCAGUUGUAGGGGAAAUUCCAAAUGGCCUGAGUGCACCCGGAGUGCCAGACGUCAGCCUUUUUAGUGAAGUUAUUGGUGAUGCGUUUGCACUGGCUCUCGUUGCCUAUGCCAUAUCCAUUUCACUCGGAAAAACAUUUGCACUCAAGCACGGAUACACAGUGGACAGCAAUCAGGAACUGGUGGCCCUCGGUCUUAGCAAUACCGUGGGGGGCUUCUUCCAGUGCUACGCUGUAUGUGCCUCCAUGUCUCGGAGUCUUAUUCAGGAGAGCACUGGUGGGAAAACACAAAUGGCAGGAAUAGCAUCAGCUGCAAUUGUGUUGGUAACGAUAUUGAAACUUGGCCCCCUUUUCCAGGAGCUUCCAAAGGCUGUCUUGGCAUCUAUUGUCUUUGUAAAUCUGAAAGGAAUGUUCAAACAGUACUCGGAUGUUGUUACUCUCUGGAGGAGCAACAAAACCGAUUUGGUGUUGUGGCUGGUCACAUGGGUAUCCACUCUGCUCUUUAAUCUGGAUCUGGGCCUUGCAGCAUCCCUCAUGUUUGCUUUGCUUACUGUGAUUUUUAGGACACAGUUGCCAACAUACUCUAUCCUGGGAAACGUUGACGGUUCAGAGUUGUAUGUGGAUAUAGAGACACAUAUAGGGGCAAGAGAAAUUCCAGGUGUUAUGAUAUUCCGCUCAUCUGCUACGGUAUAUUUUGCUAAUGCCGAGCUCUACCUAGGGGCCUUGAAAGAAAAGAGUGGGCUAAACAUCGGUAAAAUGAUUAUCUAUAAGAGGAGACAGGAGGCCAAAGAGAAACGAAGACAAAAGAGAGCAGAAAGACGGGCAAAGAGACAAGCCAAGAGAGAGAGAUGUGCUGAGCAAGCAGCAGUUUUCUCUGUGGAGGAAGAAGCCAAGACGAGAGAGCGCACAGAAAAGGAUGAACAGAACUGGGCCGAGCGAGAAAAUGGCACAGUGUUUGUAAAACCCACUACAUUAGACGAUCAGUGUAGAUGGGAAUAUUUGAAAGGAAUAGAGCCAGACAGCACCAGUUUAGGGUGGAUGUCCGUGCAGAUGGACGGGGACGCCACCACUCUGGGCUCCAGCAGUGAAGACACACUGAGUCGGGACCUGGAGCGAAUAUCGCUCGGGUCUCUGGGUAAAUGGUCCUGGGACAUCCACUCCAUAAUUCUUGACCUUUCCACGGCUAAUUUCAUCGACACUGUGGCCAUCAAGACCAUGAAAAAUAUUUUUCAAGACUUCAGUGAGAUCGAUGUUGAUGUCUACCUGGCAAGUUGUCAGGCUUCUGUGGUCCAACAACUAGAGCUUGGCCACUUUUUCUCAGAGUCUAUAACAAAGAGGCAUCUCUUUGCAUCUGUGCAUGACGCAGUACUCUUCUGUCUGGACCAUCGUGGAGCAUCGUUAUUCGGCAGAUACGAGCGAUCCCUGGAUAUGGACGGAAGCACCAAACUUUAGGACGAGCAGAAGAUGGAAAAGACCUCCUGAUAUCUUAUGCAACAUUUAGUGCAAGUAUUUGCACAUUUAUUAAACUAAUGCAUACAUCCAUGCGCUUUGAUAAUGUCACUGAUAAAUUCCAAACAAGACGCAGAAGGUUGAUUGAACUUUAUUACAUGUGGGAAAUAAGGGAACGUUAUUAAAGAAAACAUGUCUAAAAUAGAACAUCUCAAUACCUACUGUAGUGUACUACAAUCAAAAAAUAAAGGAUUCAAGGAGCGACGACAAGGCAACAUGCGUCACACUGACGGUGUGUCAUUUUUUUUUUUUUUUUGGUCAUUGAAGCAAUAAGUUAUACUAAAAUUAUUUAAUUAGCAACCUCAUUUAAGUGCAAUUUUCAAAGCUAGUAUUGCUACUUCAUGCAAAAUGACUUAUUUGUAUUUUUUGGCGCUCCUUUGGGUGAUUUUUUUUUUAGUGCAACAUUCUUAAACUGUACAAGGUAGAUUAAUCAAAUCACAGGAUAAAAAUGCCCAAGCAAAAUUUGACAAAAGUGCCUCAGAAGUUGCAUAUAAACCCACUGUGACCUCAUUCCCUGAACAAAUGGUGCCUGCUGCUACACAGGGGGGUCCCAAAUGUAUUGUGCGUGGGAGGGGGGGUGAUGUGCUACAACUCUUGAUGGAUGUCGAAAUGCAAUGUUAGGCCAUCCUCAUCCUCUGGCUGUUGGGACACCAGAUGUUGGUAGCGAGCCUGGCGCUGGUAAUCAGGAUCAAUGUUGAUCCAUUUAUUGGCGACCCACUUUGUGCCUUGGGUGACCACGCAUCCCCCGUGCAGAGCAUACUCAUCCUGCUCUCCGACCCAUCCUGGAAAAAACAAUUUUGCACUUUUGGUUGUAGAUCCAUAGGCUCACUUGCCAAAUCUUUAGGCACACCAGUACACAGCUUAAAUGUCAGUGUUGACAUGUUUGUACUUUUCACACAAUGAGAUGUGUUUCUAUAGACAAUCAUCAUAAUAAUAAUAGUAACAAAUAGGUGUGUCCCGAUUGACUGGAUCAGCACAAAGCAUACAUACCUGUAUUAUUAUGGUGUUGAAUGAUAGAAAGGGUUUGAUCAAGUAAAAUGAUUCAAACAAUAACAAUGGUAAGAAUGAAAAACAUUAACCUAUUUAGUAUUACCCAUCUUGAAUGGUAUUGUAUGCUUUUUAAGUAAAGGUGGUGUGGUAAUUCUGUUUGGAUGACACCAAAUGGUCACACUAAUUAGGUUAAGCACACCAAGUUAAAAGAUGCAGACACGUUUGUUACUGGAUACUUCCUAAUACAGUUCUGCCUUGGAUACUUUGUAUGUGUAACUAAUAUGCAACUAUGAUUAUUUGAUACUUGUUUAUAUUGACAAAUGUGCUGUUUUUGAAGGACACUUAUUACCUAUUUCUAGCUUGUGUGCUUAGCUCUCCCGUCCAAAGGCAAAACCCAGUAACUCAAUUUUGGUCAAAACUGAGCUGAUAAUAAUUUUGGAGUUCCUAGUUGAUAUGCUUUACAUUAGUGUAUGUGAUAUUGUAAUUUGUUCCGUAAGUAAGCUGUUACGCGCAUGGCAGGACUUAGUACCACAUAACCGCGUAGAUACAACAGAAAAACCUAGUAUCUCAAGGGACCAAUCGGAACUUCUUUGUCAGUCGCCUUAUUGUCCUUAAUGAAACAUUUGCACGAAUGGAGGCCAACGGUCAACCUGAUUAUGUGAUAUUAUGGCACGAGGGGAUAUUUGGAAGAUUGGCCCAGGACGUUGCAAGCACCUUCAUUAAAUGUAUUGUUCUUGAUCCUUCCCCUUGCAUACUCUUUUGGGCAGAUAACUGUGGAGGUCCAAAUAAAAACUGAACGCUGUACACGGCUCUUGCCCAAUGUGCAAACGCAGAAUGGGGCCCACCCGAGAUUGUGAUAAAAUAUCUGGAGAAAGGGCACACGUUCAUGAGAGCAGAUUCAAUCCAUGGCUCAAUCGGCAAGAAGAUGUAAGCUCAAGAAAACAUCUAUACGUUUGAUGACUUUGUUGAUCUUUGUAAGACAGCAUCAAGAUAGAUUGGUUUUCCUUUUUUUUCUCAAAAUCAGCUAGAAGUGAGUUACUAGGUUUUGCCUUUGGACGGGUGAGCUGUUGUGUAGCUGCUAGAUCCUACAGCAUACUGUUUACCUUUUGUAAAUGACAAGACUAAAACAGAAGAAACGACCAACCAUGUGUGCUUCUUGGAGGACAUUUAGAUGUUAACUGGCUGUCCAGCUUUGUACAAGUGAACACGUGGAGAUUUUAAAUGCAAGUCAAUAUAAUCUGAUACAAAUAUUGGAUCAAGACACCCCUAGAAAACAUAUUAUAUAGUAAUAUUUUUACACUUUAAAAAAUCCAAUCCACUAGAAAUACUUCAACCUGAAAUAUGUUUAUCAAAUACUAAUUACAUUUUGGGGAAUUUUACAAACCAUUUCAGGAGCAAAGCAAUCUUUGAGUAAAACGCUAAAUUUGGGAAAUGGUAGUGCAUCCUUUUAAUACUGAAAAGAACAUGACACUUUUAAGUCAGUAGUCCAGUUGAAAACUAAAUAUAAAUGAUUGUAUUAGUUUGUUAAGAUCCA